CGAAGGGCUAAUGCUACGGAAAAACGUGUCUUCCUCUUGCCUGUCAAAACAAAUAGAUUUUGUUGAAUUGCUAUAAAGCUAAAAAGUUCUUGUUAUUGCCUAAGUUAAAAACGAGUUACCUUAAUGUCGCACAGAGCUCUAUCUAGUGCAAAAUCCGAAUUUUUGGAAAUAGGUGAAUACAAUUUUUCAUGGCCUGGUGAAAAUGGGACUUUUCAAGAUUUUGGUUCAGUAAAUUAUACAAUGCCAUCAGGUCCAUGGUAUUGGCCAUGGUGUCCAUUGUGGAGAAUUUCACAACAUCCAUUAUUUCAACUCUCAAACAUACUGUUUGUGGCUUCAUACUGCGCUCCUAGCACAAAAAAAGGACAACUCUGGAUGCACACAAUUUUAAUAUUCGCUUUCAUGCUAUACUCGAUAUGGGCGUGGCACGUGAUAUGUUCACCGGACGCCUUCUCAUGGAACUUUGGCUUUGUGUUCCUGAACCUCGCGCAGGUUGUUUACUUGGUGUACGAGAUGAGACCCGUCAAGUUCGACCCGGAGCUUGAGGAAGUCUACCACACGCUAUUUGAGCCCUUCAGGGUAUCCCGGCUGCAGUUUAAAAGAAUGGUGUCUCCAGAUUUUGCACAUAUUAUGUCUCUUCAUGCCGGAGAAGCUUACGCCAUGCAAAAUUUAACCAAAACUGACCGACUGGGCCUUCUACUAUCGGGCAAGGUGAACGUAAUGAGCGGUCAUCAGUUUCUACAUCCAAUCCUUCCAUGUGAGUUUCUGGACUCGCCGGAGUUUGAAUCCAGUAGAGCUACGAUCGAUGAGAAAUUUAAGGUGUCGAUUGUGGCGGCAUCAUCCUGUCGCUACGUAUACUGGCAGCGCAGUUCUUUAGAGUAUUUAUUCGUAAAGGAACAAUACUUGGCUUUCGUCGUAACUACCCUCAUAGCGCGCGAUAUCACCACCAAGCUGUACGCGAUGAACAACAAGAUAGUUACAGAGAGAGGAUCGCAUUUAGACAUAAGGUUGCCUAGCAUUUCACAUGCAUUGGCUCGGAGUCCUAGAAGAUUGAGACCUGCUGGCAAGCCACCGCCGCCAACGACGGUUCAGCCAGUGCCUCCAGAAAAAAGACCUAAUUGCUGGACACGCGAAGCGGACACUUUAAUAAACAAUAUGAAACGCAACGGGGUUUCAUACGCUGGUGGUGACGAGGAGUUGAUGCCUUUGGCGGCACACGAAGCUCCGGCUGCUUCGUCUGAUGAUCUUUCCGUUGCUGACAGUUGUCCUGAUACCUCUUCCAAAUAUCAUAGCUGUGAAGCAGUUGAAACUGACGAUGAACUGCGCCAUUAGACAGCCCGAACCUGAUAAAUACAAAACUUUAAAAUUAUGACGUUGCGCAGUGUUUACAAAUGUUUAGCAAAUACAAUUUAAGGGUUUUUGUAUAAUAUAAAGGAUUAGCAGAUGUAGAAAUUCUUUUUGUAGCAAAAACUUGAGACCUUUAUGUGCAUACGUGCUCGUUUAUAGUUUCGAAUACUGACUGACACUGACAUACUGAUGAUUGCAGAGCUGUAAGUGGGAAGAAGUAAACUUAAAUUCAAAAUAACAAAAAACUGCAGCAUUGUGGGCAGGAAGCAAUGCCCUUAUAUUCACGAUGAUCUUUUAUUGUUACACCAUGAACUGAAAAAAUGCCAAUCAUCGCGACACAUCAGUCGAGUCGAGAAUCAUCAAACCUUUAGAGUUUGAAUAAUUCAAACACAGUGCUUUACACUUUACAGUUUUAAACAAAUAAUUUGCCCUAAUUGUUGGCAACAGCUAAGUUUCGAGGUCAUCGUUAAAAAUACGCUGAGUUCCACCACCUAAUGGGAAAUGAGCUAUUGGAUUUGCACGCUACUAUAUCGAGAACCAUGAGUUAACGAAAUUACCUAGCAAUUUAGGUGUCUUCACCGAAUUCAUUAAUUGUACGCAUUCAAGUUAAUGGAAAACUUGAAAACAAUGUGUGGAUUUUUAUAGAUCGGAUUAUU